ACGGCUCACGAUGUGGACAAUGGUAUCCACAUCCGCGAGAUGUCUCCAGAAGAGACUCCGCAAUUGGCGGAUCUCCUCGCCACUUUCCUGAUGGGGGAACAGUCCAAGAGCAAAAUCAUCCUGAAGAUACUGAGGAAAAGAAAUUCCCUGCUAUGGAUGGUUUUCAUAUCUAUACUGGUUUAUUACUUGACAGAAUGUGUGUUCUGGGCUAUUGUGGUACCACCCGUUGUAGUCAUCUUAGGAAUUCUUCGAGCUUUGGCAACUUGGUCCUGUACGGUACCAGAGCUGUUUACAACAUUAGACGUCUUCGGCUCGUGUGGCGGUGAGAGCCGGCGGACGUGGGUUGCGGUAACCGGCGGUAGAGUGGUGGGGUCCGUGACGGUGGUACGGCAGUCGGACGGCGUGGCGGAGCUGAACCGCAUGCGGGUGUGUCGGGAGUACCAGGGGAGGGGGAUCGGGAGGAGACUGGUGGGGCAACUGGAGAGCUACUGCAGGGACUGUGGCAUCAAACAGAUCUCCCUGAAGACUUCUGAGUACCAGGACAUUGCGAUGAGGAUGUACCAGAGGUUUGGGUACAUCAGUGACAAGACAGGGGACUACUCCAAGGCUCUGUUUCCCGGUAUAGGAGACCCUGCCUUCAAUGUAUCUGUUGAUGUCUUCGCCUUCAGAAAGGAACUUAUGAUCUAGUAUUCUAGUGAUAGGCAGUUUUCAUUGUACAUCAUUGUUAGCGAGGGGGGGGUAUAACCGAAUUACCAGAUUCGCCUAAUCUACAGUAAUUGUUGUUUGAUGAAAACACGCAAGGUAGCGUGUUCAUCAACGUCAGAGGUCAACGACCUGCUUGCUGGUGCCCUCCAAGCGUAUCUCGGCUAAAUGCCGACGUGGUCCCGCGGCGCAGUGACUCCCCUAACUAUAAUUCCUUGGCCUAGAGCCCAUGACCCUACGAAAAUACAUCUAAGGAAAUAAUUCCGUGAGA